CUUUCUUGCAUGUAAAAAAAAAUGACCCCCUGAAUAUUUCAGAAGUUGAACAGCUCUGCUGCACCAUAUUUUCCCUCUAUUGCUGGACUGUCAGGUUGGAAAAAGCACAAUGGUUCUUUGGUCAUUUUGGAGUUUUUUUCUUUUGUCUUGCGCGUCGCUCUUUGCCUUUCACCCCAAACAUAACGCUCAAGCGGAGGUAAGUUUACCAAGAUCAGUCGCGGGAUUUCACCACUCUGAGGAAACACCACUGGAGGUACGCGAGACCGGAGAAUCCCCGGGUGUCCAAGUCAAACAAAAAGUCAACAAAAGCUCCGAAGUUUUAAGCAGAUUGGAACCGGGAGCGGCGCUGAAAACGAGCUUUGGACAUCACAUACCGAAUGGAAAAAAGACACCAGUCGGCAUCAAAGCAAACUAUCAAAGUGGUCUCAAAAUACCUGUUGGAAAGUGUGAAAACAUUUCCGAGGAGCGACCUGCAGCGACCGUGAUUCCAGAGCGCACGGUCUCCGUCAAGGCUAAGAAGAUAAAAAGGAGUGCAUCAUUGAGCGGAAACGUGGAUAUGAAUAUAGGCAGAGAAGAAGCGCAUUCCAGGGAGAGGUUCGUGGAGACUGUCCAAGGUGUUUCCAACUCCAGAGUUGAGUACCGUCGUACUGGGGAGGAAGCCCGAGGGUCAAACCCGAAGCAAAGUGAGCCUAAUUUGGACACUUCCACUUUUGCUCUGUCGGGAGACUCGGCACACAACCAGGCGAUGGUGCACUGGUCCGGACACAACAGCAGUGUGAUCCUGAUCUUGACGAAGCUGUAUGACUUCAACUUGGGGGCUGUUACUGAGAGCUCACUUUGGAGAUCCACUGAUUACGGCAGUACCUACACCAAACUCAAUGACAAAGUGGGUUCAAGGACAGUUUUAAGCUACCUGUACGUCUGCCCUACCAACAAACAGAAGAUAAUGAUGCUCAGCGACCCCGAGGUAGAGCGCGCCGUUCUCAUCAGUUCAGAUGAAGGGGCAACUUUUGAGAAGUUUCCCAUUAACUUCAACAUCCUGAGCCUCCUCUUCCACCCGACACAGGAGAACUGGAUACUGGCUUACAGCCAUGACAACAAGCUUUACAGUUCAAUGGACUUCGGAAGGAGAUGGCAGUUUGUUCAUGACAACGUUAUGCCAGGAAGAUUCUCCUGGGCGGUAAUGGGUCUGGACAGAGAAUCAGAUGUGGUCCACAUCGAGACACGCAUCGCAAAAGGCCGUGCUCAGUACGUGAAGUGCAGAGCCCAAAGAUGCACAGAAGGCAACAGACAAUACCUCUUCCCUGGACACGUAGACACAAACUCACUAGUCGUACAGGAUGAAUAUGUUUUUACACAGGUAACCAAAUCUGGACGAGCCAAGUACUUUGUCUCCUACAUGAGAGAAUCCUUCAAGCAGAUGAGAUUACCAAAAUAUUGCCUGCCAAAGGACAUGCAUAUUAUCAGCACAGAUGAGAAGCAGGUAUUCGCUGCCGUCCAGGAGUGGAAUCAGAACAACACUUACAGUCUGUAUAUCUCAGACUCCCCUGGGGUCUUCUUUAUCCUUUCAUUAGAGAAUCUGAGAACGAGCAGAGGACCUGCUGGUAACCUACUGGUUGACUUUUACAAGGUUGAGGGGAUAAAUGGCAUGUAUCUUGCCAACAAAUGGGUGGAUAAUCACAUCAAGACUUUCAUCACAUAUAAUAAGGGACAAACAUGGGCCCUUCUUCAAGCCCCCGCCAUGGAUGUUGCUGGAAACAAUCUUCAAUGUUUUCUGCCAUUUUGUUCGCUGCAUCUUCAUCUUGAGAUGUCAGAGAAUCCCUACACAUCCGGACCCGUUACCAGCAAAAAGUCUGUACCCGGAAUAAUUGUGGCCACAGGGAAUAUUGGAAUGGAGCUGACCUCCAGCAGCCUUGGGAUGUUUAUAACAUCCGAUGCAGGAAACAGCUGGAGACAGAUUUUUGAUGAAGAAUACAACAUUUGGUUCCUUGACAAUGGAGGGGCUUUGCUGGCAGUCCAACAUGCAGUAACACCAAUUAGACACCUAUGGAUCAGUCUAGAUGAAGGAAAGAAAUGGGAUCGGCACAGUUUCUCCUUGGCACCACUGUAUGUGGAUGGAGUUUUGAUGGAGCCAGAAUCAGACAAUCACAUUAUCACGUUCUUUGGACACUUCAGUCAUCGAUCAGAGUGGCAACUGAUCAAAAUUGAUUACAAGGGCCUCUUUAGCAGGAGAUGCAUGGAUGGAGAUUAUCAGACAUGGUACUUGCACAACAAGGGUGAUCUAUGUGUGAUGGGUGAGAAGCAGAUUUAUAUGAAACGCAGGCCAGGCAACCGUUGCAUGUUGGCCCAAGAUUACUCCAGGAUCUACUCCUCAGAGCCAUGCCUCUGCACAUCCUAUGAUUUUGAAUGUGAUUAUGGCUGGGAACGCCAGGCAGAUGGGAAGUGCUCUGCUGCUUUUUGGUUUAAUCCAAAUGGAGUGGCUAAAAGCUGCAGCACAAGCCAAAGCUUCCUUAACAGCACUGGCUAUCGGAAAGUUUUGUCCAAUAACUGCAAGGAGGGAGGAAGGAACGUGUAUUCACCCAGAAGAGUGCCAUGCCGUCCCAGAGCACCCAGAGGUGUUCGCUUGUCCACCAGCCACGGAGAGCUCAGUGCCACCGUUGGAGACAACGUUACUUUUAUGAUCUACCUCGAUGAUGGAGAGUCGCCAACCACCAGCAUCCAGCUAGACUUUGGAGACGGCAUCAAGAUCACAUACUCUAACCUGAGCAGGACAGAUGAUGGCAUCAAGCACAUCUACAGAACGGCUGGGCUUUACCGAGUGACAGCUUCUGCAGAAAACAGCCAGGGAUCUGACAGCAGCAUGCUGUUUUUGCACAUCACCAGUCCAGUGGAGCGUGUAUAUCUCUCCGCUCCUAUUGUUGCCAUCAGGGGGAAGGCCACUAAUCUGACUGCGGUGGUCUGGCCCAGCCAACCUAGAACUUUGACCUUCUUCUGGUGGUUUGACAACAGCUCCGAGCCUAUCAUAACCUUGGAAGGAAGCGUCUCUCAUACAUUUCACAAGCUGGGAAAAAACAAGGUCACCGUCCAGGUUGCUUGUGGAAGCACUGUAAUGCAGGAUUCAAAAGUUAUAACCGUUAAAGAGUUCUUCAGGUCAUUGCUGUUGUCAUUUUCCCCAGCUCUUGACGAGCACAACCCUGACAUCCCUGAGUGGAGGGACGACAUAGGCCGUGUGGUGCGGACAGCUCUGUCACAGGUGUCCGGGGUUCCUGAAGAUCAGCUGCUGGUGUCUCUGUACCCAGGGAUUCCAACAACAGCGGAGCUCUUCAUACUGCCUGAUGAGCACGCAUCAGCUGAGCACAAGAGAAAGAGUGAGGAUGCCCUCGAGACGAUAUCCAAUAUUUUUGUCACUGCUCUGAACCAAGGCCUGAUCCAGUUUGAGCUGAAGCCCAAUAUUCGCAUUAUUGUAUACAUGACUCAGCAAACCUUGGCCCCUCUAGUGGAUUCAAACCCCAUCCACAGUGGGUCGGCCAUGCUGAUGCUGCUCAGCGUGGUAUUUGUUGGUUUAAUUGCAUUCUCUGUCUACAAGUUCAAAAGGAAAAUCCCUUGGAUCCAUGUGCAGACUGAGGACAACCAUGAGAAAGAGCCAGAGGUGAUAAGCACAGUAGGUCAAAACGACACCAUGUCCAAGGUCAAGCUCAGCGAGUUUCCCUCUCAGAAAGAACUCAUGGAAAAAGAGCUGGAGGGCAGGAACAGAGGAGGAUUUGGAAGAAACAUGGAGAGAGUUGUCACAAGGGAAUUUCCAAACUGUACUAAUGUGUAAGACAUGAGCUCUGUGAGUAAGUACAGCUUGUCGUGUUUCAAUUGUACGGAAAUUGUUUGCUAUGUUGGCAUUGCUUUAAUUUCAUUUAUUCAUUUAAUGCUGACAGAGGCUAUUGAUUAGGAUCAUGUUUUCCACUCAUAUUGGAUAUAAUUAUAUUGGAUAGAGUAAGUAGUUUACAGUAUCUGAAUAUGAUCAGUCUUCUGAGUCAGACCCCAGUUUGAGGGCGGUGAACUGCUGAAAGUAGCUGAUAAUGUCUUUACCACUGCCAUAGAUCAUACAUGGCUGAUAAGAAUAUUUUAUGAAUAUUUACAUCAUAUUUUGCCAGUUAAAAACUUUUUAAUCCUCCUUAACACACUUGUAUAGUUCUUUAUUAGAAUAAUAUACAGAGAGAGAUUAGUAUAACAGAAAGAAUGUAUAGGAUUUAUUGUAUCAUGUAAUAUCAUCAGUUGCUAUGAGGAUAUCUGGCCAUCAAAGAAUACUGUUAUAAUACAACGUGGGGCUUUUUUAACGAAAAAUGAAAUGUUUUUCCAUCUUACAGGACUGGCUUAAUUAUUCCUUCCUUACUUUACAUCUUUGUUUAUCCACAAACUGAUUCAGGCUAUACAAUCUGUCCACUGUGACCUUUUUGUGUUUCUUUGAUUAUUUUAAAUAACUGUCUGUCAUUUCUCUUCAUCUUGAUUGAACAUUACGACAGCAGAACACAUCGAAGUCCGCCUCCAUGACUUAGAAUAGACUUGAUGCAUAAUGUGAAGUUUUGCCGUCACAGAGUUUUAAAAAUGUUUUUACCGCUCCAAUAUUAUGGGUCUUUGUGUUGUAAUUAUAAACGCACAUGUGUAAAAAUAUUUAAUUCUGACUAUUGUGAAGACUUAAUGGACAGAAAUAUGUUGUGGUUUUUGCUGUGGGUGAUAAGACGGUUCUUUCUAUGACUGUUUCUCUGAUGAUGGAAGUCUGGCCUUAAAGAUGGGAAUGUUGAUAAAUUGUACAUAGAAGAGGAAGGAAUGCAGUAGCUCCAUCCUACUUUGUUGUAAAGUCAGUCCACCAAGCAGGCGGCCGUGUAUCCCCAUGACUUUUUUAGUCUCACAACACGCUACAUGUCCUUUUUAUUUACUUUUCUACAAAAGCAUGCUCUGAUUAUCUGUGUUCAAAGACCAUGUUGGGGUGAUUGAGUAUUGUAUAUACAUACAUUAUGGUGAGUUCAAAUU